UAAAAAAUUAGAUGUAAACUAUCACGACAUCAAACCGCUCACGACGGUGUUUUCACGGUUUUUGCUUUCUCUUGAUCACAGGAUAUGUUCCAGUUUAGUUACUAAUUUAAAGUUACUUAGUUCACUGUUGUGAGUUUAUUUUAAUUAGCGGGGGAGGGUACGGUGUUCUUCACAGAACAAUAAGAGCAGCAACUCCUGUCCGGGAAAAGCAAAACAUUAGCAAUGUCGGAGAACCCCUCCAGUGGGCCAGGCUCCAGCCUGAGCUUUCGAUCCGGCUGCAGGAUGCUGCUGAACCUGGUCAGGGAGCGGGACUCGUUUGUCUCCUCUCCAGAGAAGGUGAUGUCUCCCAUCACUGACCUGGCUAACAACUUCAGCAACCUUAGUGCAUUCGCAGGAGGUGACACUCCAAAACGCUGCCUGGAUCUCUCCAAUCUGAGUAGUAAUGGGGAAACCUUGUCACCCCUAACGGCAUCACCAGACACGAGAGACUCAGAUCAUCCUGUCUCCCCUUGUCACUUGGAGUCCCCUGUACAGAGACAUCAAAAGGUCACUCCAGAACCGGACUCUGUUAGAAGCAAGAAACCUCACAUAAAACGGUUCAAGCGUAUACUGCCUAAUUUGCUGUGUAGUAGUCCAAAGUGUAACGACAAUUCCAAAGGAAUGCAGCUGGGCGUUGUGGACAGCAGCCCGAUGUUUAAUAACAAAGAAAAUGAUCCCGACUGGUUCAAAAAGCCCAACAGAGCUGCUCCCCAUUCUCUUAAUCUUCAAAACACAGAUUUGGAGAAAUUUGAAUUUCACAACGGCUUGCUCAUACCGGAUGUCUAUGUGGAUGAGUGUGAGAUGAACGUGCCGUGCAGUCCGAUAACUCUUGGGGGUUUUGAAGAACACGAUGGAUACAUGGAGAUUAUCAAUGGAGAUGAGAGAGAGAAUUACAGUAAUGCAAACAUAUCCUCCAGUAUGGCACUGCUGUUGUCCGAUCCCCUAAUGAGCCAGGAGAUGGAUUUCUCUAUCCAGGCUCCCAAACACAGGUCCAGGAAGGGACUGUUCAGGUCUCCUUCCAUGCCUGAGAAGCUGAACCGGCCAUUGCUGAAGAGAGCGUGCCGGCAGCAGGAUGUGGAGACCCCAGUGAAAAUCAAGCGUCGGAAAAGCAUCAGCAGCCCCAUUCAGGAGGAGAGAGAGGAGGAGGACAUGAGGACACAGAGACUGUUGCUGAAGAAGACUCUCUCGCUGUGUGAUGUAGACAUCAGCAAGGCUCUAGAUGAAGAUGUGGGCCACAAAGAGCUGAUCGGAGAUUUCACUAAGGUCUACGCCUUGCCCACUGUAACAGGGAGACACCAAGAUCUCAAAUACAUCACAGCGGAAACUAUGGCUGCUGUACUCUGUGGAGAAUUCAGCAGUCUUAUUGAGAAGUACUUCAUCCUGGACUGCCGCUACCCUUAUGAGUACGAAGGAGGACAUAUAAAGGGGGCGCUGAAUCUCCACAAACAGGAUGACAUUUCCAAUUUCUUUCUAACAAAAAUCAUCACCCCCACUUCAGAAGAUAAACGCGUUGCUGUCAUCUUCCACUGCGAGUUCUCUUCUGAAAGGGGGCCCAAGAUGUGCCGUUUCCUCAGGAAGGAGGACAGGAGUGUGAAUGUGUAUCCUGCUCUGCAUUACCCCGAGCUGUACAUCCUCAAAGGAGGCUACAAAGAUUUCUUCCCUGAAUUCAAAAUGUGGUGUGAACCCCAGUCCUACUGCCCCAUGCACCACGAAGACUAUAAAGAUGAGCUGCUGAAAUUCAGAACGAGGAGCAAGUCAUGGGCUGGGGAACGGCGACGACGGGAGCAGAUCACACGGCUGAUGAAGCUGUAAGACGAGACAACAGGGGGGGGGGGGUCUUCUAAUGUAGACAGAACUAAAGAAAUUUCUGCUCUCACCAAAUGAUCUGUGGAUCUUAAUGGAUUCCAUUUUUACCCUAUGUUGUACAUGGGUAAAAUGAAAUCUUCUUGGGUUCUUUUGAAACCCAACAUCACACAACAGCCUGAUUUCUGUAAUUUAGUUUUUAUAGGUCACUUAACAGAUUUAGUAAUCAUUUAUGAUGGGAAUCUUGUAUUUCGGACAAUUAAAUUAAUCGAGGUGUGUUUUGUCCGUUUUUAAAAUCACAAUCUAUAAAUUGAUUUUUAGUAUCCCUAAAUUUUAAUGUGCAGUAUUUAUAUUGUUUUGUUUUUGUUAUCUACAUAAAAAAAAAAAAAAAAAAAAAAAUCCUAUACCUUUCUGGACAGACCUAGAUUCCAAAAUCUGUGGUAUAUAAAGCCCUUCAGAGUUGCAUUUGGCUGCCGAUUUUACUUUUGCUUAUUUGUUUUGUUUUUUUUAUAGAGACCAAACUACAAAAUAUUUGGUUUCUAUGUCUUGUGUUGUGUGGGGAUAUUAUUUUUAGUUUGGCACCAAGUUUAGGUGCAGGAUACAAAGGUUUACAGAACUACUGGCAUUAUUAUUACUCGAAUUUCAACAAAAUGAAGUUCAUCAACUAGAAACCGAUCUCCUUCUCUGAAAUCCAGCUGUGGAUUAUCCACAUCCAAUCAACUGUAGUAAAUGAAUGCAUUUCAAGAGGGACAUGUCUAGCCUUUAACAAAUGUCAGAUCAUGCUGUGCUUGGCUGCACUCCUAUUGCAAUGCAAUGAUUCUCUUGUACUAUUAUAUUUUUGUGUUCUCUGUGAAGGUCCAUGUCUAAUAUAAUUCUGUAUUUUUAUUACUUGAAUGCCCUGCAAAAAUAAAUUACAUUUUAUAUGAUUUGAGUAAAUAUCAUUCUAAAAUGCUGAAUUUUAUUGAAUUUAUUCUUGUGUGUGCCUUGGAUUGUGAUAGUUUCUGAAGUACUGUACUCUAUUGUCUUUUUGAUUCUACGUGGUUUGUACUGUACUAGUGAUCUACUGCUGCCAGACAUGGUAUCUUGAUAUUGGUCUAAAUGUAAUCAUGCUUUUAUUAGGGUCGAUGAAACAGAAUUGUGCAUACAAUAGAACGUUCAGUACCAAUACUGUGUUUGUGGCUAAAAAUUACAUUAGAGCAUUACUUUGUGUGUUCUGAAAGAGGAUUAUUGCUACUGAAUCUCUGCAUCUGAAGUCUUGAAUAAUGACUGGAGGGUUACAUUAAUCCUGCUACAGCACUAUCAUGGUACAGAGGUAGAGAGGAAGCUGUGACAGGGGCAGUUGUCUUUAAUCAAGUCCUGUUACAAACAGCCUGGUUUGAAAUGUCUUUUUAAAAUGUUCCACUGCCUGUGAACCAAGUGAGAUUGUAUUUAUUUGUUCUUUAAAAGGAGAGGGUAUUGAAAGUAGACAACUCUUUGUGGUAAUUUAGGGACUUCAUUGCUUUUUGUUUUGUAAUAUUUAACAAUUGAGCAUGAUCCCUUGUGCCUGUUUGUACCAGUCAGGGGAGGGUUAAUGGUUCACAGUAUCAAUAAUUCACUUUGUCUUGGACAUGAUGAUGCAUUCAGCUGCCAGUAAUAACUUUUGCAUCUACAGCACUGUGUCAUUUCCCAGUAUAUUAUUUAUGUUAUCAAAUAGGAUUUCAACACAGUGCACAUUUUAUUGUUUGAGUACAUGACUAUGGAUGAUGAUUUUAUAAGAAAGACAUGAUCUGAUCACCUCUUACACAUUCUCAGAAGGUUCAAGAACCUUUUGUGGGCGUCUGGUACCUUUUUAUCUUUGGUGCAAUGUUUAGAUAUUAUUAUUAUUAUUAUUAUUAUUGUAGUGGUUAACAUCAUUGCAAUGAUUCCUUCCAAGAAUAUGGGUUUGUUAUUUGAGUCAUGAUGGGUCUGCAAUGGUAUAAUACAAUGUUUUAAUUGCAUGCAAUCAGAAGCUGUGGUAAUCCCCUUCCUCCUUUUAACAGCAUUAUAGUUAUACAAAUAAUGAAGGAAGUACAGAUUUUAGCUCUGCUUUUGUCCUCUAAAAUAUUUGUUGCCAUUAGUAACGUGUACUAUUUUUAGCUGAGUGUUUUACUGUAGCAAAAUGAUAAAAACCCAAUUGUUGGGCUUUCCAACAAGUGUGUUUUAGAUAAAUGUGGUUGUUUCCUUUUACCUUGUGAAAAUCAAAUGUAACAGUAAAACUGCCAAUUCUGAUCCAUGAAGACCGAAAAUGAAAACGAAUAAACUUGUAUAUAUUGUUUUAUCAUUCUUAUGUUUCCUUUUUAAUAUCUGGGAUGGAUUUGUAAUGAUGUGCGUUAAAGUAAGGCUUCAAUGUUCACAAAUAUUUCUCGAUGUCUAACUGUUGUAAACUAACCUGUACUGUUUAAACUGUAAAUUUUGAAGCAAAAUCACUGGACUGGCUCCCACAAUGAAAAGGUCAAACAUUGAAGUUAACUGUGAUGAAAUAGCAGUGGAGCCACUGG